GUUAAGCUUAUAAUCGACCUAAUUUUCCACUCUCUGAGCCCCCCUUCUCUUCAAACCUCAAUUCCUGCAAGACCACGACCGAUCAAAAGACUCAAACUCCCGCCGGCGACAGUUUAACUCUCCGGAUUUGGUAGGGCAUAUGGCGAGGCAGAGGCCGAAUAUAUUGGUGACCGGCACCCCCGGGACAGGGAAGACAACAAUGUCCUCAGCCUUAGCAGAAGAGACGCAGCUGCAACACAUCAACAUUGGCGAGCUGGUCAAGGCUAAGAGCCUCCAUGAUGGCUGGGACGACGAGCUCGACUGUUAUGUCAUCAAUGAAGACCUGGUGUGUGAUGAGCUUGAAGAUGUGAUGGAACAGGGAGGGAACAUAGUGGACUACCACGGUUGCGAUUUCUUCCCCGAGAGGUGGUUUGAUCUUGUGGUUGUGCUUCAGACCGACAACACUGUCUUGUAUGACAGGUUGACUCAGAGAGGGUAUUCCGGCUCCAAGCUUUCAAACAAUGUGGAGUGCGAGAUAUUUCAGACUCUGCUUGAGGAGGCAAAGGAGAGCUACCCGGAAAAUAUCGUACAACCUCUGAAGAGUGAUAGCAUUGAAGACAUUUCAAAGAAUCUUGCUUCUUUGACUGAUUGGGUGAGGAGGUGGCAACCAGCAGCUUAGUCUGCAUGGCAUAGUUCUGCUUGAAGCAGGUUUUUGGUCUCGGUUGUUUCAUUUGGUUAAAACAUUUUAGAGGAGGUUUCUUGUACUGAUAUUAUAGUUCGUUCCUAUCCAUAUCAUGUCAUUAUAGAAUUAAUGUGAUGCGACGAUUUGGUGAAAUGAAAUUUCUAAUGAAGGUUAUCCCACUAAA